GCAUGAAGCAAACGAUUCCUUGCACUUGCAGCUUGCAGCGUGCUUUCCGCACCUUGACGCCGUCGCCUUGAUCCACUGCAGCUGGAGGGUGGCAUCGCAUUCGCAGCCGCCAAAUCACAUCUAUUUAUACUCGUCCGGCAAGGAGUCCAAAGAGUAGUGACACGAGAAGACCAGGGGAGGGGAGAGCCACAAAUCUCCACUGACGAUGCAGGACGCCGUGGCGACCCACGGCCCCGCCAAUGCCGCCGCCGGCGCCACCUUCUACUGCGCCGCCGCCGGCGUGUACGCGAGCACGCACCCUCCGGUGGCCCUCCCGUCCGACCCCUCCCUCUCCCUCGUCCCGCACAUCUUCGCCCGCCUACCCGCCGCCCGCCCCGACGCCCCGGCCCUCGUCGACGCCGCCACUGCCGAGGCCCUCUCCCGCGCCGACCUCCGCCGCCUCGUAUCCGCCCUCGCGGCGGGCCUCCGCCGCCGUCGGGGCCUCCGUGAGGGGGACGUCGUGCUCCUCGCUCUGCCGAACUCCAUCGCCUUCCCCGUCGCGUUCCUCGCCGUCCUCGCCGCCGGGUCCAUCGCCACCACAAUGAGCCCGUUCAGCGCCCCCGCCGAGAUCGCCGCUAGGGUUCGGGACACCAGCCCCGCCCUCGUGUUCGCCACGCUCGACAACGUCGGGAAGCUCCCGCCGUUGCGCGUCCCGGUCGUCCUCGUCCCCGACGCCUUCCACCUCGCGGACGAGGGCGCCCCCGAGUUCGCACCCUUCCGCGAGUUGCUGCUGCUCGAUUCCGAGCCACUGCCGGGCCCUUCGGUCGGUCAGGACGACGCGGCCGCCAUCCUCUACUCGUCGGGGACGGGCGGCCGGAGCAAGGGCGUCGUGCUCACGCACCGCAACCUCAUCGCCACGGUCGAGCUCUUCGUGCACUUCGAGGCCUCGCAGUACGCCGCACCUGCUUGUGAUAAUGUCUACCUGGCGGCGCUGCCCAUGUUCCACGUCUACGGACUCUCGCUCUUCGCGGUGGGACUUCUCUCGCUCGGUUCCACGGUGGUCGUCAUGAAGAGGUUCGACGCAGGCGAAGCCGUUAAGACCAUUCGCAGAUUCAAAGUCACGCACUUCCCGGUCGUUCCGCCCAUCAUGGCGGCGCUGGUGCACACCACCAAGCCAGCGGCAAUGCCGUUGGAAUGCUUGGUGCAAGUGUCAACCGGUGCAGCGCCGUCCAGCCGCAGGCUCAUCGACGACUUCGUCAAGGCUUUCCCUCACGUCGAUCUCAUUCAGGGUUAUGGCAUGACUGAGUCUGCUGCCGUUGGAACUCGUGGCUUCAAUACUUCAAAGCAUAAGAAGUAUGGUUCAGUAGGACUCCUGGCUCCAAACAUGCAUGCAAGAAUUGUUCAUGUGGAAACUGGUUGCUCCUUGCCUCCAGGCUCUUGUGGGGAGCUCUGGCUCCAUGGUCCAGCUAUAAUGAAAGGUUACUUGAAUCAUGUUGAUCCAUGCGCAAUAAAUGGUGGCUGGCUGCGAACUGGUGACAUUGCCUACUUCGAUUUCGAUGGGUACUUGUAUAUAGUGGGCCGCUUGAAAGAGGUGAUCAAGUACAAGGGAUUUCAGAUAGCUCCAGCUGACUUGGAAGCAGUUUUGAUCGAACACCCUGGAAUUGUUGAUGUGGCUGUGACGUCUACUGAGGAUGAAGAAGCUGGAGAGGUACCAGUAGCCUUCGUGGUGAGGAAAUCUGGAAGUGGCCUAUCGUGCACGCAAGUGAUGGAGUAUGUAGCUAAGCAGGUGUCCCCGUAUAAGAAGGUGCGGAAGGUGGUGUUCGUGGAGUCGAUCCCCAAGUCGCCGGCUGGAAAGGUUCUCAGGAGGCUUCUCAGGGAAUCUCUUGCAGCUAGCGCUGUUGCUGGUCCAACAAGUUAUUCCGAGUCCAAUUCCAUGCGCCAUUCGAGACUGUAACUGCAGGACAAGGCCAGCCAAGCAGGAUCUCGGUCAGGAACAGUUUCCAGCUUUAUUUUAGGUUGCCGUGACCUGAAUAGGCCUUCUGUAUCACAGUUAGGGGCUUAGCACACUCACAUAGAUGAACAAAGACCUUUUGGAUUAGUUUGCUUGUUGAGCAAAAUUCAAAGUGUAAGGAAGAUGUUUUGUCUUCUUCUUCUCUUUGUGUCCUUCCGUUGAAAAAUACCAUGGUCAAAUCUUUCUACAA